AUGGUUGAAACCAGAUCCUCACGCAACACGCUGCCACCGGAGAAUCCGUUUGCCGGUGACCACGAUCCCUUGAAUACCAUAGCUGCGCGUCUACAAACGCUGGAAGUUUUGGCAGACCGAGUGGCUAGCCUGGAAGCUGCAACUGAUCGGAACCGAAGAAGAAGCUUCCAACGGUCACACUGGGAAGCCGAUAGCGAAGAUGACCCUGAAUCAGCCCUUCGUCGCCACAUGCCGUACACAAAAAUUGACUUUCCAAAAUUCAGCGGUGGAGACCCUAGAGGGUGGAUCUUGAAAGCUGAGAAAUAUUUCAGGUACUACGAAACACCCGAGGAGAUGAAAGUAGAUGUUGCCUCAAUGUAUCUGGAAGGAGACGCUUUGGACCUAUUUUCAUGGAUCAAUACCGAGAGGACGCUUCUUUACUGGGAUGAACUCGUGAAGAUUUUACAGGAAAAUUAUGGGCCACCAGAGUACCAAAACCCAGAUGAAUACCUUUGUGGUAUACGACAGACAGGAACGGUGCAGGAUUACCGUGCUGAGUUUGCUCGACGAUCUGCGCAUGUGAGAAACUGGCCGGAACAUUGCUUGUUAGGCGUCUUCAUUAAUGGCCUCAAAGAGGAGCUUAAGUCGGACGUCCGAAUCCAUAAGCCACGAACCGUGUAUAAAGCCACCAGCCUUGCUAUGGAAUAUGAGAAGAAGAUGAAAUCUGCUAUUGGGCCUAAGCCCAAUCACUAUUCCAGGUUCAAUCCACCGCCCUACAGCUCCAAAGACCUUAAGCCCAACUCAGCCAACACGAGCAGAACCAUGGGUGCGUCAAUUUCAGGCACCAAACCAGUCCCCUCGGCCGCGGCUCUCGAGCAACAACGAAGGAGGGAGAAAGGCCUAUGCUACCGGUGCGGCGAGCCCUUCCGUCCAGGUCACCAUUGUGCUGGGUCCUUCUCUUUAAUGGAAAUUGCUGAAGAGGGAGAGACCGUGAUGCCUCCCCUAAUUGAAGAGGUCGACGCCGAGGCAGAAGUGGCAGAUGCUGAGAUUUCCUUCAACGCUAUACUGGGCAAAGCCUCUGCUUCCACCAUGCGUUUACAAGGAACCCUUCGUGGCAGAGAUGUUCUUGUAUUGGUUGAUAGUGGAUCCACGCACAAUUUUGUGUCAGAUUCGAUAGUGAAUGAAUUGAAUCUUCCCGUACAGCAGGUGCAACCAUUCGGAGUCCAGAUUGGCAAUGGUAGCACAGUUAAAUGUCAUCGAGUUUGCUCAGCUCUAGAGGUGAAAAUUUCAGAUUUAAUCAUCCAGCAAGACUUCUUCCCCUUCUCAUUAGGUGGUACUGACUUGGUCUUGGGGAUCAAAUGGUUAGCUUCCUUGAACACAAUUCAAGCUAAUUGGAAUGAAAUGUUCAUGAUAUUUUGGUUGAAUGGGAGGAAAUACAAGCUGCAAGGGGUGACUUCAAAGCCCAGGACGGAGGUACAGUUGCAAAGUUUGCUAUUAACACAUGAUUCUGGAGAGGCCGAAGUGUUAAAUGUUGAGACAACAGAUGCAAAUCCGCCUAAUUUGAGGCCCUAUCGGUACCCCCACUCCCAGAAGAAUGAGAUUGAAGCCCAAGUCAAUGAUUUACUGAAACGCAGAUUUAUUCGUCCCAGCUCCAGCCCCUUUGCCAAUAAGUACCCAAUUCCCAAUAUUGAUGAGUUGCUAGAUGAAUUACAUGGAGCUGCGUACUUUUCUAAAAUAGAUUUAAGGUCCGGUUAUCACCAGAUACUUGUUCUGCCUUCUGAUAUUCAUAAAACUGCUUUUCGUACUCACUCAGGGCAUUACGAAUUUGUAGUUAUGCCAUUUGGCCUUACUAAUGCCCCGGCGACUUUUCAGUCAGUCAUGAAUGAUUUAUUCAGACCUUAUCUAAGGAAGUUUGUGUUAGUCUUUUUCGAUGAUAUCUUGGUGUACAGUUCCUCUGCGCAGCAGCACCUAGAACAUCUUCAAGUUGUUCUGCAGAUUUUACAGAAGCAUUCCUUCUAUGCUAAUGCCAAAAAAUGCUUCCUGGGACAAACCAGGAUUGACUACCUAGGCCAUAUCGUUACAAGAAAUGGAGUAGAGGUAGUUCCAGAAAAAAUUGCAGCAAUUAUAUCUUGGCCGUCCCCUUCAAAUGUUAAGGAGCUGCGGGGUUUUUUGGGACUCACAGGCUAUUACCGGCGUUUCGUGAAAAAUUAUGGGCUGAUAGCACGACCGUUGACGGAAUUGACCAAGAAGAAUGCUUUCUCAUGGUCAGGACGAGCUCAGUCUGCAUUUGAUGCUCUUAAGGAGGCUUUGACUACAGCACCAGUCUUAAGAUUGCCUGACUUCAAUCUACCUUUUAUGAUUGAAUGUGAUGCUUCCAUGGAUGGGAUAGGGGCAGUCCUUAUUCAAGAAGGGCAUCCGAUAGCCUAUUUCAGCAAGGGUUUCUCCAUUUCAAACAGAUUUAAGUCAGCCUAUGAUAGGGAGUUGUUGGCAUUAGUACUGGCCAUUCAAAAAUGGAAGCACUACCUUCUGGGACACCAUUUUACUAUACAGACGGAUCACUGCAGCCUCAAACACCUGCUAGAACAGAAGAUUGUGACCAACACCCAACAGAGGUUGCUCAUUAAAUUACUACCAUUCAAUUUUUCCAUUGUGUAUAAAUCUGGGAAGCAUAAUGCAGCUGCUGACUCUCUUUCUAGAAGACCCCAACCAACUGAAUUCUUCCAAUUAGUAGUCCCUAUGGUGGAUGAUUUGGCACGCCUUCCUCAGGCCUUACUAGAUGAUCCGGACACCAAGGCCAUAAUAGACGACCUGCAGCAAGCGCCUAAUUCAACUUCUGAUUAUAAUAUGAGGUGUUCUAGCUGCCAGCAGAACAAAUACCAAACUCUAGCACCUGCAGGACUCCUCCAGCCUCUCCCUGUUCCAGAACAGAUUUGGGAAGACAUAUCACUUGAUUUCAUUACUGGUCUCCCCAAGUCUAAGGGCUUUGAUGUGAUAUUCGUAGUGGUGGACAGAUUAAGCAAAUAUGUUCACUUCAUGGCCUUGUCACACCCUUAUACUGCUAAAGCAGUAGCUCAGUUGUUCUGCAAAGAAGUAGUCCGUCUGCACGGAAUGCCCCGCUCCAUUGUCUCUGAUCGAGAUUCUCUUUUCCUAAGCAUGUUUUGGCAAGAGUUAUUUCGUUUGAGCAAAACUCAUUUAAAUAUGAGCACUGCAUACCAUCCCCAAUCCGAUGGUCAAACAGAGGUGGUAAACCGUUGUCUUGAAACUUACUUAAGGUGUUUUACUCAUGAACAACCAAAAAAAUGGAGUGAAUUUCUAUGUUGGGCUGAGUACUCCUUCAACACAAGUUACCAUGUUGCUGCGGACAACACCCCAUUCAAGCUUGUAUAUGGAAGGGAACCGCCCCCACUAGUUCCCUACGUCAAGGGUGAGACUGCAGUAGCGGACUUGGAAGAACAACUAGAACUUCGGGAUGACAUGCUGAAGGUUUUGCGUGAAAACCUACUCAAAGCACAGAACCGCAUGAAGAUACAAGCUGAUCGCCACCGCCGCGACUUGCAAUUUGCACCAGGGGAUGCAGUAUGGUUAAGACUUCAGCCUUAUCGCCAAAAAUCAUUAUCCAAGAGGCGGUUUGACAAGCUGUCACCCAGAUUUUUCGGUCCCUACAAGGUCCUUCGUCGCAUUGGGAAUGUAGCCUAUGAAUUAGAGCUCCCACCUGCGGCAAAAAUUCACCCCAUAUUCCAUGUCUCCCUUUUACGACCUGCUUUGGGGCAAGACUUACCUUCAGUUCCAGCACCGCUGCCUUUAUCUUCAAAUAUGGAAUUACUGCUCACUCCUUCACAAGUGCUGCAGCAUCGCUGGACAACCCACGGGAUCCUGGAAUUAUUAGUACAAUGGACAGAUAAACCGAUCGAAGAAGCCACUUGGGAAGAUUAUGAUUUGCUUGCUGCACAAUUUCCUCAGUUCCGACUUGAGGACAAGUCGUUUUUCCGGGAGGGAAGUAAUGAUAGGACUCCUGGAAAAUUCAAGCUGACUUAUUCUAGGAGGCAGAAACGUGGCAGCGAAGAUUAA